GGGCGGCCAGCUGAUCUCCGAUCCUCCUCCUCGGAGCGGAUUACGGCCGCAGCUCUGCGUCUCCUCCGCUCCAUCAGCAGCUGAUCCGGGGGAACAAAGGCAGCCAGAACCGCGCAGCGCCAUGGACUUCAACGUGAAGAAGCUGGCCUCCGAUGCGGGGGUGUUCUUCACCCGGGCCGUGCAGUUCACAGAGGAGAAACUGGGCCAGGCUGAGAAGACCGAACUGGACCCUCACCUGGAGAACCUGCUGGCCAAAGCCGACUCCACCAAGAACUGGACCGAGAAGAUCCUGAGACAGACGGAGGUUCUGCUGCAGCCCAACCCGAUCGAUCACACAGGCGCUCGGAUCGAGGAGUACAUCUACGACAAGCUGGACCGGAAGCUUCCGUCCAGAACCACCAACGCCGAACUACUGGGCCAGUUCAUGCUGGACGCCGCCAAGGAGUUCGGAGCCGACACCCCGUAUGGUACCACCCUCAUCACGGUGGGAGAGUACCAGAGGAAGCUGGGCGGAGCCGAGCGGGAGUUCCUCCACACGGCCGCCGUCACCUUCCUGUCGCCGCUGCGCAACUUCCUGGAGGGAGACUGGAGGACCAUCUCUAAGGAGCGGCGGCUCCUGGAGAACCGGCGUUUGGACCUGGACAUCUGCAAAGCCCGUCUGAAGAAAGCCAAGCAGGCCGAAGCCAAGGCAGCGGCGACUCCAGACUUCCAGGAGACGCGGCCGAGGAACUACGUCCUGUCGGCCAGCGCGUCGGCGCUGCUGAGCGAGGAAGUGGACAAGGCGGAGCUGGAGCUGCGUGUGGCCCAGACGGAGUUCGACCGGCAGGCGGAGGUGACCCGGCUGCUGCUGGAGGGAAUCAGCAGCACACAUCUGAACCACCUCAGGUGUCUGCAGGACUUUGCGGAGGCUCAGGCCACGUACUUCGCUCAGUGUCAUCACUACAUGCAGGACCUGCAGAGGGAGCUGAACAGAUGUGCGAACUCAGCCGUCGGACCCCCGCCGCCCUCCGGCCCCGACCCGGUUCCGACCGCCUUCCCGUCCGGCCGCCUGUCUCCCGGCGCCUCGGGCUCCAGGAAGGCCAAGGUUCUGUACGACUACGACGCUCACGACGCCAGAGAACUGUCCCUGCUGGCCGACGAGGUCAUCACUGUCUACACGGUACCAGGAAUGGAUCCUGAUUGGCUGGUUGGAGAGCGGGGCAACGAGAAAGGCAAAGUACCUGUGACCUACCUGGAGCUGCUAAGCUAAUGGACCAUUAGCAUUCUGUCUGAUGAAACAUGUGAACCCUCUGGUAGACUCAGUUCAGUUUCAGAUUCAGUUCAGUUCAGAUUCAGUUCAGAUUUACUUCAGAUUUAGUUCAGAUUCAGUUCAGAUUUAGUUCAGAUUCAGUUCAGAUUCAGUUCAGAUUUAGUUCAGAUUUAGUUCAGAUUCAGUUCAGAUUUAGUUCAGAUUCAGUUCAGAUUCAGUUCAGAUUUAGUUCAGAUUUAGUUCAGAUUCAGUUCAGAUUCAGUUCAGGGAUUUUUAUCCGACACCUUUCCUUGGAGAAAAACCAGGAACGUUUUAGCGAUGCUCUCAGAUGAAAGCAGGAAAGUUUCCUGGAAUCUGAUCUGGUUCAUUAAAUCACACCAACGUGUAUUUGGGCCCCAUAUGGUUUCUUCUCAGGUCCGAUGGGUUCGAAGUGGAUCUGGGCUCAAAAUGGCUUCCUGUUUGGGACCCAGUUGGGUCAUUAACAUUUUUUAAAGAGCCAUUAUGGGUCCCAGUUUACCCAUCGGUCUCCUGCAUCAGACCCAUAGAGGCCAUUAAAACCAACCCGUUAUGCAACCAGUGGUCAGUACCGUAUGGGGCCCAUUUCUCAGUCAUUUUCUACGUAAACGCUCGUGGCAUUAUGAUGCGUUUUGGUUUUAUCUCUGAAGUUUGAGCUCCUUUGUGGGAAAACUCACCAGUUACAACCAGUAAGCUAAUUGUUUUGGUGCUAACGGCUAGUAGCAAAGCAGGAUGAAAACAUUUCCCUCCAUUUUAUUCAUUCUGACACUGACGGGAAUGUUUAGCUCAAACCAUCAGAGCUGCUUGCAAACUGGAUUUCAGCUACAUUGAUGUGCAGCAGCCAUCUUGGAUUCUGAACAUACGGCUGUUUAAGGAACUUUAAAUUUCCCAGUUUUAAUUCCAACUUUGGGUUUUUCCUCCAUAAGAAGCUUCAUUUCCUUCAUACUGUAAAGUUUCAGUAAAUAUUUCUGACACCCGAGUUUUAAAAAAUCACCUGAAAAAUACCAAGAAGUUUGGAAAGUUUUUUUUUUUUAACCAGUUGUAGCCUCAAAAUUCAAAAUGGCUGCCUUGAGUCUAUAGACAGUCUGCAAGUUGGAAAACAUUUAUUUAACUUUCUGAUUAGCUGAAGCUCAUUGGGUCAAUAUCUCACCUGAUACACUCAAAAUCAUCUUGUUUACGCGCUUCAUCAGUGUCUGGAUGAUCACCUGUUGAGAAAUUAAUCGCUAUUAGCUUCUAUUAGCAGUUAGCAUCAUAACACAAAAUUAGCAAGACUUAAUGGUUUUCUGGAUUGUAGUUGAUCGAGUCUAAUUUGGUGAAGGUUUGAGCUACUUAGCAGCUGCUGAUUGGUUCAGAAGACAGAAACAUGAAGAAUCACAAGCUAAGCCAGGGAGCUAAUGCUAAAGACGCUAGCAUUGCACUUAUUUAUAGUUCUGUUUUGUACCAUUUUUUUUUACUGAAUUAAUUAAUUAUUGUAGCAUAUUUGUGUUGGUGUUUGUUUGCACAACAUGUCAACAGAGACCAAGCUAGUUGCUAGCAGCUUUAGCAGUAGAAGCUAGCUUAGCUUGCGGGUUAAAGAGUGUUUUCUUCUGUUUCAAUUAAAAAACAAACAAAACAAACAUAAAAAACAUACUUUACAUAAAUAAAUUUAGUGGCUUGUUGGUAACAAACUGUUGCCGUUCAUUGAAUUGGUGAUGAAUUAUUUUCAUCAUGGCAGCUCAGAGGAACGAUCUGGUUAGCCGCUUAGCUAGGAGGCUAACGGCGCCGCAGCUGCUUCUCUCCAAACAAAACUAAUCAGGAUAAAAAUAUUUCUACUUUCCUUUUCAGCUUUGAUUAUUUUAUGCAAAAACUCAAAUAUUUUCUACCAGUUUCUACAGUCAUAAAACUUCAGUUUUGAUCCUUAAGAAUUAAUUAAUAAUUAGUCUUAUUUAAAGCCAGAUUACUUUAUGCUCUUCUUCAUUCAUUAUUCAGAUUUUGUGAUGAAAAGACAUUAUUACACUUUAACAAAACUAAUGAAAAUCUCUCCACUGAUUUAAUUUCUUUAAGAACAUAAAAUUAUUCUUAUGUAUUUAGAAUCAGUUCAUUUAUCAGGAAAAUGUUAUUUUAAAAAAGGAAAUCAAAAUCAUGGCUGUUUAGUCACAAAUCAGAGCUAAAAAAAGACUUCAGAGGAAACGCUGUGAUUUGACUAGGACCCGUUAUCUGUCGGAUUUUAUUAGUUGCUGGUUCAGAGUUCAGAACUAAAUUUAAUAUUUAAUACGAUUUCACUCAUACUAGUGAAUUUAAUAUGCAGUUUAAUGAAAGUUUAUUUCUGAUUUGAACAUUUAUUUACAUGUUAUUUUUAUAAUUCAUGAAAAUCCUCCCAGUAAAUGAUUUAAACACAAGUACAAAACACAGAAUCAGGGAAAUGAAACACUUUUAAAAUGAAUAAAGAUCUAUUUAGUAGAUUUCUGUCCCUCAGCAGCUGUUUGCUGUGAACUGGCAGGAAGUGAUGUCAUGGAUCUGACUCAGGAUCAGAUUUAUUUAGAGCGGCGUCGUCAGAUUUGUUUUCCUACGAUUCAUGACUCUGCAGUUUUACUGUUUAUGUGGAAACUGCAGCAGGAUGCAUUUAUUAUCGUUAUGAUUUAGAUUGUUUGAUCGUUGGUGUGAUGCUAAGGUUUAGAACAACAUAUCAGAAAUAUAACGCAGCUGUAUUCAUAGUAAUAACAAAAUGCAACAACUGUAAAAAACUCAAAUGUUCAGCAGUUUUUUAUUUGAAUCUGAAAUACGAGGCAGAGCAGCUGAAACAUGAGAGCCUGGAAUCGGCUCUGAUCUCGUUUUACCAUAAACACGUUUUAUUUUCGUCGGUGGAACAUUUUUAUUAGUUGCUGUGGUUUCUGGGGUCCGUUCAGUUUAACCCUUUAACACCCAAAGAUCCACAAACAUUCAGCUUUUCUCUGUAAGCUUAAUCUAAAAUUAUUUAGCAUUUUGUACAAAUGUUGCACCAAAAUGACAGAUGUACAUUUUAUGAUACGGUGAAUCACAGAUUCCAUGUUUUCAUGGUGGAGAUGGCCAGUGGGGUUCAGUGCUGGGAUGUUAAACUGAAGUGUUUUUGUGGUCAGUGGAAAUAUUCUGCAGAUGAAGAAACUUGAGACUUUUGUUCAGGGAAAACAAGCAGUUUCGGCCUAAAACCUAGAAAACAGAACCAUAAGCAGGAAGUAGAAGGUGAUUUAGUUUCGGCUGUGAAUGCAGACUCAGCGUCACUUUCGUCAGACUCGCUCCCCAACACGACUGUCUGUUCGCUCACGUUGGUCCCAAAGCUCUGGGACGGAGUCGCUGUCAGGAAACACCGGCUUUGUCUGGACAGACUAAAGUUCUGUCUGCGGAGCAUCAGGAUGAUGCAGCGACUGGCCAGCAGGGGUCAGCAGAGGUCGUCCUUCAGCCGUCGUCUGGACGCGUUAGCUUCACGCUAAACAUAGCAACCUUCCAGCUGUUGCUGCGUCUCCAUGGAAACACGGCUUGAGUUCAGUUUCCUCCUGGUUAACACGCUAACAUCCAGAUCUCUCCUGUUCGAUGGGGACCAACAUGUUUCUACCAGUUGCCUCAUUGGCCCCAAACUCCACUGAUGUGAGAGAAACUUUGGCCACCCAGUGAUUUUCCUAAAGGUCUCCGUUAUCCACACUAGAAACACCAUCGGUGGGUCAUCACCUCCUUCUGGUAAUGAAUAGUUGGUUGACUUUAAUCCUGUUUUCUGCUGGUCCUGGUGAAACAGGACCAGCAGGAUCCAAGAUCCAGAUCUGCUUCAGUCAGACGCCUUCAACUCCACAGGUAAAUGUAGGUCGUCUGAUUCCCUGAACGUCUCCUUUAGCAGUGAGCAGCAUCACUAGGUCUCUGUUGGGUGGGUCAACCCCAACCCUAACCCCAACCCUAACCCCAACCCCAACCCUAACCCCAACCCCAACCCCCCAGAUCACUUUAGUCCUUUCACAAACCAGAGCUGGGAGAAUACGUCACCGUUUGGGAUGGGAAAGUGGCGAGAAGCUAAACGGGCGUCUUAGAGAUGAAUGGUCAGUGACCAGCGGUCAGUGACCAGCGGUCAGGUGACCAGCGGUCAGGUGACCAGCCCAGGCUCACCCCGAUCCUGAUCCUUCUGCAGGUUUAAUAAAAUCCAGCCGAUUAAUUAAUGAGAGAAAAUAAACGUUAGAGGUUGAUGGUAAACCGUUGGGUCAUGAAGUUCAAACUACUUUACAUGACUCAGUUGUUAUAAACAUGCUGCAUGUCAAAUAUGACUGAAAACAUUCAACUUUAUAAUUCAGCAUCUUGAAACUGGGUCUGUGUCUUUAAGAAGCUCCUGCUCUUUCUGAAGCUCCGCCUCCAGGAAGUCAUCCCAACAUGGCUGCUCUAUUAACCCUUUAAUGUUUGUACCAGUGCUGCUCUGAGAACCUGAUGCAGCUCCAGCUUCUGGCAAGUCUGAAGGGGGAGGAGCUGCGCCUCGGAGGCGGGGCUAGGCCCAUCCAGGUGUUUUAAACAGCUGAAUGGUUGCCAUGGAGAUGAAAGGAUUUCUGAAACAUAAACGAAUCAAAGCGACGCUGCAGGUUACAACAUUAUAACAUGAUAUAAAAAUAAAACAGUGGAUUUGACGCGACACCGGCCCUUUAAAUGUUCCCGGCUCAGCGUCCAGACAGUGAUGUCACAUAAACAAAGUCCGAGUCAUUCAUCAACACCUCUUCAGUUUAUUGUUUCACAGAAAUCGGUGCGGUGAUGAAAUCCUGUCAUCGUGAGUCCUCACCGCGUUGAGUCAUCAAUAAAGCAGGUCAAAGGUCACAUGGCUGACUUGUGUUGAGCCCUGCGUCCUCCUGAACGGCCGGAAAGUGAAAUCCUGAGAGAACUCCAGACGUGACCCAACCGGAUCCGAACAGAACCGGGCAGAGAGAAACCAGAAAUCUGGUUUAAAUCAAACCGACAGACAUCCUGAGGAAAAGUUCAGACUAAACUGGUUUUACUGGUUUUACUGGAUUAAACGACACCAGAACAGAUUCAGAUGUUCAUUCUGAUAGUUUGGAUGUUUAUGAAAUAAGAGUCUAAUAUCAGACAUUAAAAUGUUUUUAUUGUAAUAUAAACUGUAUUUUAUCUCAGGUGAAAAAGCGUCUGACCAGAUAAAUAAAAAUUAAUAAACCAGUGAAUAAAUGAAAAUGAGCUCAAUAAUUUCCAUUCUGAUUAUUAAACUUUAAGGAAAAUUCUGUUUACAGAAACAUAAUAAUUCAUUUUAUUUAUAGUUUUAUUUAUUUUGAAUAUUUAAAAUAUCUUCAGGUGGAAGUUUUCUUUAUAAAAUUAAAGUUUAUUUAUGAAAUUGCAUAAUUAUUAAUCCAUUAUCAAAAUAUAAUUAUUAAAUAAUCUCAAAAUGACAAUAUCCUCGUUUAUCGCAAUAAUUUAUCGUCCAAUCUCACUCUGCUCUUUAAAACACGAAACAUCAAAAUGAAAGAAGCCGACGCCACAUUCCAGCAUGUUAGUGGAAAAUUUAGUGGAAGGAAAAGCUUUGGUAGAGUAACAUGCAGAAAGAUAACUGAACAGGACCCAGAUGGAUCCGACCAGAACCAUCAGAACUGAUCACUAGUUUAGAAAGUGGAUGGUUACGGUUUUAAAACUUAGAAAUGUCUUUGUGUUUAUUUCAGAUUUAAAGUUUUUAAAAGUUUUAUAGGAGGAACAAACGAGACGUGAAAUAAACCUGCAGAAAGAGAAACUGAACCAAACCCAGAAAUCACAGCAACUGACAGCAGAUCCACAGAAACAGCCACGGUUUCUGUCGCUUUGUGGCGGUGACUGUUGCCAUGACAACGGUGGGGGCGGGGCGUCGCAUGAUCUAACAGUUUCUGAUUUAAUCUUUGAGAUUCUCUGAUUUAAGAAACUGAACUCUGAGGGGAACUUUUGACGUGUUUUCAGCAUGAUUAGAGCGCGGGCUUUGACUGGACCAUGCGCAGUGUGUGUGUGAGUGUGUGUGUAAAUAAAGUGUCGUUUUGUUGCUUCAGUGUUUUAACUCUUUGGUUAAAUGUGAUUUUUUUGGCGUCUCAUUUCUCCUGGAUUGAUGUUCAAUAAACAGCAUGUGUGUCACAGAC